GCUUAACCAGUGAACGGGAAAUCACGUCUGGAUCUCUGGGAAAUAUCGAUACAAGACGAACACCAACUUUUAAUUCAUGACUUAAGGCGGACUUCUUUUGAUGUCAGGAUGCUCUUCAUUUGAUGGACACAGAGGCGGCAGCAAUUUCACUACUUCUCUCCGUGUCUGUAACUGGCUGACACGAUGUUUCCAGAUAUUUUGUUUGUGAUAUUAUUUUGCACUAGGCACAUCAUUGCAUCAUCUUCGGAGCUACAGCCUGGCAUGCCAAAUGUGUGUGCUGACCAGGAGAUGUCCAUGUUGGGGGCCCGCCAGCCUUGUGUCCAGGCUUUUACCCGCAUGGUCAAAGUGUGGAAGCAGGGCUGCAACAGCCACAGAUGGUGCAUGGGCUAUGAGAGAAGGACAGCAUACUACACAGUGUACAGGCAGGUGUACAACAUGGACAUGCACACUGUCUAUAAGUGCUGCCCUGGAUGGAGACAGGAGGGUGAAGAGAUGGGCUGUCUGCAUAGGGUGUGUAGCACCAAUACAUGUUUCAAUGGAGGCCAGUGUGCAGAGACCGGAGACAAGAUAUGUCAGUGUCCCCUGGGCUUCAAAGGGACGCGAUGCCAGUAUGAUGUUAAUGAAUGUGAGAGGGAUGAAGGCGGCUGUGAGGGAUACUGCUGCAACACCAUCGGCAGUUACUACUGCAAGUGUCCUGAAGGCAGCCGUCUGGGGCCGGACGGCAAAGCGUGUCAAGUGAGGGACCCCUGUGCGGACAGGAAUGGAGGCUGCGCCCAGCUGUGUCUUUCAGAAGACACUCGGGUUCACUGCAGCUGCCGACCCGGUUUUACUCUGGCUGCAGACGGGAAGAACUGUGAAGACAUUGAUGAGUGCAGUACGGACCGUGCCAAGUGUACCCACAGAUGUGUCAACAUGUUGGGCUCCUUCAGCUGUGUGUGUAAUCCGGGCUUUGAACUGGGUGCUGAUGGCAAACAGUGCUACCGCAUUGAGAUGGAGAUUGUGAACAGCUGUGAGAAGAACAACGGAGGCUGCUCUCAUCACUGCGAGCACACCACCAACGGACCGCUGUGUUCCUGCACCCAGGGUUCCCAGCUGGCCCUGGACAGGAAGACCUGUGUGGAUAGUGAUGAGUGUCUCAGUGGGGAGUCCUGCUGCCGUCAGUCCUGCAGAAACUACCCGGGUGGCUACGAGUGCAGCUGCAGGGCCGGCCACAGACUCAAUCCAGACGGCUGUGGCUGCGACGACAUCGACGAGUGCCUGGCAGAGACUUCGGGCUGUGAACACGACUGUGUCAACACCCUGGGAACUUACGAGUGUUUUUGUGAGCUGGGCUUCCGCUUGGAUCAGGACCAACACUCCUGCAUUUCUCUGUAUGGAGAACUGGAAGAAGAAGAGGAUGAGGAGGAGGAAGAGGAUGAGCAGCUGGAGGUGCAUAGAUUACCAGACCUGCUGUAUCGCAAGGCUCCUCAGCUCCUGCAGUACACAGCAGCUUUACACACACGUUACGUUAGUGAUGGUGAUAAUAGUGACGAUGAAAAAGAAGUAGAGAUCCAGAGGGAGCGCCGAGGAGAGCUCAGACUGUCCAGCAGCAUAGUGUGUCUGGAUGGCUCGUUCGGGGAUGACUGCAGUGUGAGCUGUGAAGACUGUGAUCACGGGGUGUGUAGUGAAAAUAGAGACCGGUGUGAAUGUGCAGCGGGAUGGACAGGGAUCGUCUGUAACAAGACGUGCUCGCAGGGGACCUAUGGGCCGGCCUGUAACAGUCUGUGUCGGUGUCAGAACGGAGGCUCGUGUGACCCCGUGACCGGGAAGUGCGUGUGCCCCCCCGGGGUGCAGGGCCUGCUCUGCGAGGAUGGUUGUCCGACGGGUUAUUUCGGGAGGUUCUGCCAAAGAAAGUGCAACUGUCCCAACAACGGACACUGCCACCGUCUGUACGGAGGAUGUCUCUGCUCUCCAGGACUGUACGGCCGCUUCUGCCACCUGCCUUGUCCCAGGUGGACGCACGGUCCCGGCUGUUCCCGGGAAUGUGACUGUGUUCAAGAACAUUCCUCUGGCUGCGACCCCAAAACAGGAGGCUGUUUCUGCAAAACCGCCUACCACGGACCACAGUGUGAGAAAGAAUGUGAGCCGGGCUUCUUUGGUGCCGGCUGUGAGCAGCCAUGUGACUGUCCAGGUGGAGGGUCAUGUGACCCCCGGACCGGAGAGUGCAGUCAGAGAUGUCCGGCAGGUCUUCACGGGGAUAAAUGUCAGCUGGCCUGCCCAUCACUGAAGUAUGGUGAGAACUGUCGUCUGACUUGUGGCUGUGGAGGAGGUCCGUGUGAUCCUGUAACCGGACAAUGUGUCUGUCCUGCAGGGAAGACUGGGAAAUCCUGUCUAGAAGCCUGCCCUGAAGGAUUCUGGGGGAUGAAGUGCCAAUCAGCUUGUCCUCACUGUGAGAAUGGAGGAUCCUGCAACAAGCAGAGCGGUGUGUGUGAGUGCAGACCGGGCUUCAUGGGGAGCCUCUGCCAAAAUGAGUGUCCCCCAGGUUUCCAUGGUCCAGGCUGUGCAGGUAGCUGCUCCUGCCCCAAUGAGGCUGCCUGUGACCCCCAGACCGGACACUGCGCCUGCCCUCCUGGCAAAAGAGGCCCUGACUGUGCAGCAGCGUGUGAAUCUGGUUACUGGGGCCAAGGGUGCGUGAAUACCUGCGAGUGCAAAGAGAUCUCAGCGAGCUGCGACCCGGUCAGCGGACGGUGUGUGUGUGAGGCGGGCUUCACCGGAGACCACUGUGAGAGGAUGUGUGUGAGUGGAAGUUAUGGGCGGGGGUGUGCGCUGCAGUGCCGCUGUGAGAACGGAGCGCUGUGCGACCAUGUGAGCGGAGCCUGCACCUGCUCACCUGGAUACGCCGGCACCUACUGUGAAAAAAUGUGCCCGGACGGCUUUUACGGUCUUGACUGUGGCCAGAUGUGCAAGUGCAGGAACGGUGCCCGCUGCCACCACAUCACAGGAGGCUGCCUCUGCACCGCCGGCUGGGCAGGACCACACUGCAUUCUGGAGUGUCCAGAGGGUACUUUUGGGGAGCGGUGCAGUCAGAGCUGUGAGUGUGAGCACGGGGCCAGGUGUGAUCACGUCAGCGGGGGCUGCAUCUGUGCGGUCGGCUGGACCGGAGUCCGCUGCCAACUGCCCUGUCCUGCAGGAUACUACGGUGAUCAAUGCUCUGGUCAGUGUCUGUGUGGAAACGGAGGCUCCUGUGAUAGCGUCAGUGGUCAGUGCUCCUGCCCCUCCGGCUGGAGAGGAGCUACCUGUGAGUCAGAGUGUGAGGAGGGGCGGUACGGAGAGGACUGCAGUCAGACCUGCAGCUGUGCGAGUGGAGGGAGGUGUGACAGAGAGACGGGCAGAUGUGUGUGUCUGCCUGGAUGGACAGGAGACCUCUGUCAGUCAGCCUGUUCUGAGGGAUUCUUUGGAGAGCGCUGUGAGCAGAGGUGCGACUGUGUCGAUAGUUCCAGUUGCCAUCAUGUGAUGGGCCGCUGUGAUUGCAAGCCAGGCUGGAGGGGAGCCAGGUGUGACAAACACUGCCUUCCGGGGUCCUACGGUGCUUCCUGUGCCCAGCAGUGUCAAUGCCAGGCCGGGGUGUCCUGUCACCAUGAGACGGGGAGCUGCGGGUGUCCAGCCGGACUCACGGGGCCCGGCUGUGAGAAACCCUGUCCUGCUGGCAUGUUCGGGAUGAACUGCAGCCAGAUGUGCCGGUGUUCAGGAGACCAGGAGCAGUGCCAUCCUGUGACGGGGAAGUGCAGCUGCCUACCCGGAUACUACGGGGCACGCUGCGAAAUACGGUGUCGAGCAGGUACUUUUGGGCCUAACUGUAAGUCCAGAUGCAGCUGCACCAAUGGUGGUCGCUGUGACUUCAGGACUGGGACUUGCUACUGCCCUGCUGGCUUCAUUGGGGCUGACUGCAGCUUACGCUGUCCGAGUGGGUAUUAUGGGAAGGACUGUGCUAAGCUGUGCUCCUGUGGGGAAGGAGGGGAGUGCCACCCAGCUACUGGAAGGUGUAGCUGUGCCCCUGGUAGGAUGGGACAGUCCUGCCAACAAGCAUGUCCCAGGGGGCGCUAUGGCCUGCAGUGCAGGAACACAUGCGGCUGUCAGAACGGGGGUCUGUGUGAUCCCAUCGACGGGUCUUGUAAAUGUGGACUUGGCUGGACCGGAGGGCGCUGUGACUCUGCCUGUCCACAGGGAAAAUAUGGGUUUGAUUGUGCACAAGACUGUCCAUGCCUCAACAACGGGACCUGCGACCGCUUCACCGGCACCUGCGGCUGUACUGCUGGAUACUACGGCCACUCCUGUCAACACAGUUGUCCAUCUGGGUUCUUUGGCGUGAAAUGUGCGCGAACAUGUGACUGUAAAGCCGGGCGGACAUGUGAUCAUGUGACAGGCAAAUGUGUGUGUCCACCAGGAUACCAUGGCUCACAAUGUGAAAGGAGGUGUGAGUCUGGCAGGUUUGGAUUGAGCUGUGGAGAGUCAUGUGACUGUGCUGCUGAGGCCCCAUGUGACCCAUCGACAGGGCGGUGCAUCUGUCCCCCAGGAAAGACGGGACAGAGAUGUGAAAAGGAUUGUGGUGGAGACAGGUUCGGCCCUGACUGCUCUCUGCCCUGUCAGUGUUCCCAAAGGGCCCGCUGUGAGGGGCUGAGUGGGCGGUGCCUGUGCCCGCUCACCUGGCUGGGCCCCACCUGUACUGAAGCGCUGCUACAACAAACCCCGGCACCCUUGAACUUUUCAGUGUCCCAGAGAAAGAGAAGAGCGGGCAGCAAAACCACAUAACCAAAGCAGAGGUGCAGACUCCUGAGUGGACGUUCAGAAGCAGGGCUCGGCUCUGUGAGGCAUUGCUCAGAUCAUCUUGGUAAAGGUGAUGUUAGUUAUGGUUUUGUGAAACUGGUACUCAGCUGUCAGAGACUGGCACUCCAUCACUGAGCCUGGAGCUUGGACCUGGCAUGUGAGGGGGCCCUCAGAGGACCCUCUACCUACCCCAGACUGUCUACGAUUCAAACACAGACUUCAUAGCAAUAACCCACAAAUACCUUCAUCACAUUUGUGAGUAUUGCUGAUGGAAAGCGGUUCAUUUGCUUCCCCAGUUUUACAUUUAAUCACCUGUUAAGGUUUCUUUCUUACGGGCAUUUUGUACAAUACAUGUAACUGAGACAUUCUUGUCACUGGAGAACUUUUACAACCUACAUUUGUUAUUUUUUUAUGUGGCCACAAAAAGGUGGAUGGUCAGCAGAACAGAAGUAUAUUUCUGGAGAAAAUUGAAAUGCCUCUAAAACAGAUUUAGAAAAGUAUGUGUGAGAUAUAUACACAUACAGGGAGUAAAGUUGAGCUGAAAUGUUCCAAUAACGGAGCCAUAAAUAAUGAAGCAGGGGGUGUUGCAUAUUGAAAAUGACUCCCAGACAAAUUCUAGGAUAUAAAAAUGUACUUGUCUUUAAAUUAUAAUUCAUUUCUGAUUUGUUUUCUUCACUCAAAGUUCAAAUACCUUGUUAAAUGACCUCCCUUUUCUCCAGAAACCCAGAAUCUAUUCAUAUAAAAACAUGCAAAGGAAAGUGUUUGCACCCUCAUCAAGUGUAAUAUAACUUAUUCUAUGUCUUAAUUUCACACAUUUCUUUGUAAAACUGCAUCUUUUCCCCAAAAAGUAUAACCCUGUUGUUGUUGAAGUAAUGUGGUAUAAGAGUAAGUCGAUUUGACCAGUGUGGAGACUAAAGUUAUUUGAAGGCAAAAAAAAGGAGAAUCAUAAACCACUUCAUCAGGUUUAUAACUCAGGUCUCUCUGCCUUCAGUUAAAGACAAAUAAACCUUCCAGCACACAAAACAUUUCCUCCAUUUGUUUCUGGAGAGUGGAAAACAAACCAGUUGGCUGUCGGCUGAACCCUUUUACUUCCUGUCACCUGCUUCUUGUGGCCAAUCAGAGAGGAGCUCUGGAAUCAGGGCUGCUUUAACCCAGGUGGAAUCAAUCUCCCCUCGUUAGGACCUCAACGUUGGUCAAUUGUACCUCAACAAAGGAUAUUUAUCAUAUGGGUCCUCUCAAGAGAAAUAACCACAACUCAAAUAUGUUAUUGUUUGUUGAUAAAGAGGCAAAAAUGAACUUAUGUUGAACAUUAAAUCACUAAAUACUUAAGGGGACGUGCACACAGUUAGAGGCAGGUCAUUUAAUUCCACCCAAAAAAUCAAAGCAUUACACGGUAAUUUUUAUAAGAACUUGGAAAAGAAGACCAACAUUUACAAAGAAAAAGGACAUAAGCAGGUCAUGGGUUUGUUGGUUUAGAGAUUAUACUAAACAAAUGUUAUUAUUUAAAGAAAAGACCCCUUAACUUAUUGUCAUUGUCACUACACCUUUUACAAAAGCCCUUUAAGAUAUCCAUAAGUUACAUCUCAUGGCUCAUGGUAUCUGAAUGAACAUAAUCCAUUUACCAGCAGCGUCAGAAACACUCUCCAGUUAUCAGCAUUGAUCGUGGGUUUUCUUAUUGCAGUGUGGCGUGCUGGUCGCAAAAUACUGCAGGGAAAACUUGCAGACAUUGCACUUCUUUCAGAUCUGUGUUUAUUGAGUCAGCAGCUGAUACAGAGUUUUGGAUUCUUAUAGACAAGCAUCAAAUGUUGUUAAUACUUCCAGUCACGUUUUUAUGGUUGCACAUUAUUGAAAAGAUCCAUAUCACCACUGCUACACUUGUGCAUUUAAAUAAGGGUGUUUCUUUUUUGUAAAAACUGUAAUUGUAUUCUAUCUCAGGUCAGGUAUAUCAGUCAUAACCUACUGUGCUCAUUUCCUGUCAGUGGUGCUACACUAUGACAUUGUGUCUGUGUAAAAUUGAUAAACUCGAAUUUUACUGUUA